AUGUCUCCUGUCCCUGCUCCUAUCCUGCGCGCGCUCUCCCUAACCGACCCGUCCAAGGUCAGCCUCUCCACCUCCGGGCUAGGGUCCGGCUUCACCAGCACAGGCGCCAUCCGAGCACUCGUCCCGACGGAUAAUGGCACCGAAGAAGAACGACGAUACUUUUUCAAAACUUCGAACAACGGCAAAGCUGCCGAGGAGAUGUUCCGGGGAGAGUACGAGUCCCUGAACGCGAUUGCCGGCUCCGUUCCAGGCUUCUGUCCGCGCGCGCUGGCCUGGGGCGCGCUGGAUGAAGGCAGCAGUCGGCCGAAGAAAUUCUUCCUUGCAACGGAAUUCCUUGAUCUUAGUGGUGCCAUGGGCCGCACCACUGGUGACGAGACCACCCCUACCACACUGGCACACCGACUCGGGAAGCUUCAUACGACGCCCGCACCCGCGGACCCGGAGACGGGGCGCCGGCGCUUUGGUUUUCCGGUGCCGACAUUCUGCGGCGACACAAAGCAGCCCAACCAUUUUUCUGAUAGCUGGGCGGAUUUCUACGCGAACGAGCGCCUCCUCCGGAUCCUGGCUACGUCGGAGGAACGCAAUGGGCGCGAUCCCCAGCUGCGCAACCUCGUUGAGAAAACUGCCCACUCGGUUGUGCCACGACUGCUCGGAGAUGAUCACCUGGGGUAUAAUUCCCGUGGUGAGGGAGAAAGGAUAGUGCCUGUAGUGGUGCAUGGGGAUCUAUGGAGUGGAAACGCCGACUGCGGACGCAUUGUCGGCGGUCGCGAUGACAAGCCCGCCGACGUGGUGUACGACCCAUCAGCGUGCUAUGGGCACAGUGAGUUUGAUUUGGGCAUUAUGCACAUGUUUGGUGGGUUUUCGCCGCGCUUCUUCGAUCAGUAUCAUCGGGUUGUGCCCAAGACCGAGCCAGUGGAAGAGUACAACGACCGCGUGGAAUUGUAUGAGUUGUAA